AUGUUUCACGCCGUCUACAGUAACCCGGUGACAGGCGUCCCGGGCUCGAAUCGCAUCCUUGCUGGGUCUCAGCCUCUACCGCCACAGCUGCUGCACAGCACAGGAAGCCAGGUGAUGCGAGGCUGCCCUUUCGCCUUGAACGACGGGCGGACGGUGAUGUACUGCAUACCGGCGAAGAGCGAAGCGAGCCUGCAACAGGUGUCGUACUUUCGCACAGCAGGGCAGCGCUGGUUGUCCGUGCCCGCCGAAAACACUGCCCAGUGCGCCGCGGAAACCCAUAGCGCCGUGUGCUUUGCUUCGUGUGCGAGCGGCGCGAACGGGGGCGCCGACAGAUCCCCUGUACUGCUUCAGCCGACCAUGGGUGCUCCGGCGUUUGUGACCGACAAGCAGCAGCUCCCGCCCAUGGCGGCCCAGCCCUCCCCGACGCUGUCGCGGUUACCCAGAGGCCUGUGCUCGACGAGUGAGGGUACGACCACCUUUGGCGCUUCUACCACGAGCGUCACGAGCUCGACUGUGGGCAGCGGCGCUGCCACCGGCACGGCAGGCACGACGAACGGCUCCAUGGCUCCCACGGGCACUUCACCUGCGUUGCCAGGCUUCCAGAUGUCUGUGCCGCUUCCGACUGGCGCCAUGACCGCCGUGGCUGCGUCGCCACAGCAGCCGCAGACGUGCUUCUGGCUGAGCCACACUACGGGGACACUGACGCCUAUCCGGAAAGAGGACAUGAUGACUAUCAGCGACACGAGUGCGAGUACAAGCACGCAUUCGUACGCUAUGCCGCCACCGCCGCCGAUGCCGUCACAGUCCUCUUCGGCCUCGGCCACAUCAGUUCCUACUUACCUGAUGGCGCCGCAGGUGUCCUCCUUCGGCGGGGCCAUGGUACAGGCCUUCUCCGAGUCGCUCUCCGGCUCCACACCGUUUUCGGUGCCUACUCUGCCGCUGCCGCAACCGCCACGACCGGCGAAGACGUUGAAUGGUUUGCAGUACCAGCUGGGUGAGCUGUAUGAGGGCUUCGUGAAGCGCUACAACCCCAACCGCGGUUUUGGCUUCCUGACAGCAACGGCUCACGUUACAAUGGUUAACGAUGGCUCUAACAGCGACAGUGCGGCAGGCACGCCUAUCGCCUCUGUGAACGCCACCGCCAAGGCGGUCCCCACAACGGGAGAAGAGAAGAACCCUAAGAAGCACCUCACGCCGGUGCAUCUCGGUGACAUUUUCGUGCACCAGUCCUCCAUGCAGAUGGAGGGCUUCCGCACGCUGCCUGUUGGCGGCCGUGUGCGCUUCCGUAUCGGCUACAAAGACGGCCAGCAGACGCUCCAGGCGGUCAAUGUAGAGUUGCUGCCGCAGAUGCUGCCACCGAAUAUAGAGAUGACGUCGUCGGCAUCGUCAGCGCAGCAAACGGCAAUUGCAGUGCCCAAUGAAAAGACCGACAACAUGGUGUCGCGGCCGCAGGCGGAGCUACCUUCUAUCUGUGACGGUGGCAGCUCCGUGAAGGAGCGGGGCUUGGAGGGGUACGCCAUCAACUUCGCCUCCGAGGACGACAAGCCACUCAUAGAGCUGGCGUACGAUAUGUGCGCCAGCUUCGAAUGA